CUUACCCGACCCGACUUGUUGAUUUAUCACUGAAAGGCUGAACGCUUGACUUUGCUGCUGUUUUUUUGAUCGAGUUUUCUCUCCAAGUCGAAUUGAGAAAAAGAUAUGUCAGGUGAAAACGUUAACAGCUCUUGUAAGAUGGGAUUGGGACCUCAAGGGAAUGAGAAACACCUCGAGGAGUGCACCGUUUCCAAUGCACUAGGGACGUGGGUGUUCUCAGUGCUAGGCGCAUUGGUUGCUAUCCCUGUGGGAAUAAAACGAAAGUCACUAGGUCCACUCGUGUUCUUCGGCACAACCGGAACUAUGCUCGACAUCAUCAUUGGCGUGACUCAGUGCGAGAGAGAACACGCUGAACACCAAAAGAAGUUGCUCCAAGACUCUCAAAACGCCGCAACAAUCAUCAACGCAGACACCGAUUCCAUUUCCUAAAAUUCUCUUCUUAAUUACAGUUUCUUUUCUUUUCCAGUAAAAGAAAAGACUUUGUUUUUGUUAUGAUCAAAACUUGUUUCAGGACUCGUGUGUUGAGAGAACAAAGAAGACAGCUUUUAUUUGAUGAUGAUUUACGCAAAAAUAAAAAACAUCAUGUUUUAAACCAAAAAAAGAAAAGGAAGAUUCUGAUGAGGUGGCAUGAACUCUUCACACACCAUCUCCUGCUCCGAGUACGAACCAGCGAAGAUGAGCCAAGAAAGACAAGGACAUGGACAAGCAUAUAUAUGAUCCCAAGCCCCAACUUUACGUCUGCCUCUGGUUGCACUCUUCUCAUCCGCUCCACCACCGCAGGCACCUGAAUGAUUCCGAUCAUAACAGUCAGGAAACAUAGAUGAGCUAAGAGGCUGAACUCCUUUGCCCACUGGAAUGCAACGUGUUCUCCUCCGUCCUUAGUGUCCAAACCAGAGUGCCGUUUGCAGUAUCUUGUGAAAAUGUCGAGCAAGACUGCCAUGUAAAAACGGUCUGUUACUCGGCCAAUCUCGUCAUGUAACUCUACAACUCCAUCCAUUGCGAUAUAGAAUGAAGAAUCUUGGAAGAAAGAAAACAUAAAAGAAGAAGGAAGAAAGGGAGAGGUGGGUUUUUAUCGGCAGCAGCGCAUGAAGGUUUGUUUGGGCAACCUAACCAUGGUUAACAAUCUAGCUAGCACAUUUUGGCAUUUUCCUUAACGGCGUAAGUUAGUUAGACUAGUAAGGAACUCUACCAGAGACUACUUUCGUUAUUAACCGUGAUGAGACAAAGGUUCAUUUUAGUUCCUUUAUUAUUAGUUAUUGACCGCAUCUUACUGCAACAUGUUACAUAAUAGAAUCCUCUCAACUAUAUUAAUAAUGAUUAAUCAUAUAGGUUAUGUAACUACAGUACUGUA